UUACCGUUAAGCUUGGGUUAAUAAGAUAUAUUGUUAAUGAAUAGCUGCUGGCCCUGUUCUUGAGACUGAUUUUGUCCGAAAAGAAAAACAAUUUUUUUUAUCAAGUCUCUGGCCUUCGAGCUAGCGAAUUUGUUUUAGCAAGUGUGUUUGGAAACUAGAGAGCUGCAUUCUAGUUACAUGACAGCUUGUCAGUUUCUGUGCAGAAAGCUGUGUUAGCAUGUCAGCCAAGUAGUCAUGUUUGUGUGUGAGGUACUUUUUUUUUUUUCUUUACCGUCAUGUUUUGGUGUUAACAAAAAAAAAAAAAAAAUAUAUAUAUAUAUAUAUUAGUAUGCAGCUAUGUAGAUUACAUGAUUAGUUUUUUUCCUUUUGUAUUGCUUUUGAUGCAGCUAUUGUGGGAUUGUUCUUGCUCUGUUAUAAAAAGUAUUGUUUAUUCCUCAUCAUUGUUUUUCAAAUGUAGUGCAGAAGAUCUGUUCGUUUUAUGUAUCGACACAGGUAGACGCCCUCAUGUGCCCAUGGAAAAGGCGGCUUUCGAGGGGUGGCUGGAGUCAGUUUCCACCGCCUUCCUGGCGCUGAGUGACCAGCAGCGCAACCAAUCGCUGGACCACCUCAUCUCACUGAGUGGCGCCGCCCAACUGCGACACCUGUCCAAUAGGCUGGAAGCGCUCCUGAAGCGGGAUUUCCUGCGCCUGCUGCCGUUAGAGCUGGCCUUCUACCUGCUCCGCUGGCUGGACCCCCAAACCCUGCUCACCUGCUCUCUGGUGUGCAAGCAGUGGAAUAAAGUCAUCAAUGCCUGUACAGAAGUGUGGCAGAGCGCGUGUCGAGACCUCGGCUGGCGCAUCGAUGAGUCCAUCCAGGAUGCGACACACUGGAAAGGUGUUUAUCUAAAGGCCAAAUUGCGUAUGAAGCAGUUAAGGGAGGAGGAUGCUUUUGAGACGAGCUCUCUUAUUGGACACAGUGCUCGGGUAUAUGCUCUUUACUACCGGGAUGGGCUGCUCUGCACAGGUUCUGAUGACUUGUCAGCUAAACUAUGGGAUGUCCGCACAGGGCAGUGCGUCUACGGUAUCCAGACCCACACUUGUGCCACUGUCAAGUUUGAUGAGCAGAAACUGGUGACUGGGUCUUUUGACAACACCAUUGCAUGCUGGGAAUGGAGCACUGGUGCCAAAAUCCAGCAAUUCCGAGGACAUACUGGAGCGGUAUUCAGCAUAGACUACAAUGAUGAGUUGGACACCCUGGUUAGCGGCUCAGCAGACUUCACUGUAAAAGUCUGGUCCCUGUCUUCAGGAACCUGUGUCAACACUCUUACUGGACACACUGAGUGGGUCACCAAGGUGCACCUUCAAAAAAGCGAAGUGGAGUCCAUGAUGCACAGUCCUGGUGACUACAUACUACUGAGUGUUGAUAAGUAUGAAAUAAAGGUGUGGCCUAUAGGCUGUGAGAUCAACUGUAAGUGCUUAAAGACUCUAUCCGUGUCAGAAGACCGCAGUGUCUGCUUGCAGCCCCGAUUACAGUUUGACGGCCGGUACAUUGUCUGUAGUUCAGACCUGGGCAUAUACCAGUGGGACUUUGCAAGUUUUGAUGUAAUCAGAGUCAUCAAACCACAGCAGGACCCCUCCAGUCUCUCUCUGCUUAGUUUUGGCGAUGUGUUCGCUCUGCUCUUUGACAACCACCACCUUUAUGUUAUGGACUUGAGGACUGAGGUUACCGUGGGCCGCUGGCCACUGCCAGCCUACCGCAAAUCCAAACGUGGCUCUAGUUUCUUACCAGGCGUCACCUCAUGGCUCAAUGGGCUGGACGGCAAGAACGAUGCGGGCCUGGUGUUCGCCACUAGCAUGCCCGACCAUAGCAUUCAUCUGGUUCUUUGGAGAGAGAACGGGUAGAAAGGCAGAGGUGUUGAAUACUAACCCUGUACUUUGAAAGCAGGCAGGACUUUUACGAACACAAAAAGAAGAAAAAAGGGUGCUCUCGAUUUGAAAAAUAUUGCAGUCAACCAAGUUAGAUAAUGCAUGGACCAAAGUGUUUUCCCCUCCUUGCCUUUGUUUCCAUUCGCAUUAGGGAUUCACUCUUGCUUCACCCUCUUUCUUAGUCACUUGCAAACCACGCAUUCAACACAUUACGAUCUAUAGAAAAGAAGACAGCUGGAGAUUUGCAGCACAGAGCAUAGUUUCUCUCCGUAAUGUGAACAAUCCAAGGUUUUUGUUGUUGAAGAUUUAAGAGAGAUAUCCCACUGAACCUCAGAGUUUAGCUCCUUUUGAUUUCACACCAGUGAGAGGUAGUGAAAUGCUACGGCACCACCGGAGCACAGAUCGCUUCACAGCAAGCAUGAUCAGUAGAUUUGGUGUGUUUUUACAGCACAGUCACCAGGAAUGACAAUGAAGUACUUUUUUUUUUUUUUUUUUUUUCUUUCAGUGUUACCUUUUCAACAAAUGUGCGUUUCUUUACACGUCAGGAAUUUUUCUUUGGACACAGAAAUGUUGCCUUAAAUCUAUGAUUUCCUAUUGAAGUAAUUGAAUUUGCAGACUUCUGCAUCCAUAGAUGCUGGCUUGCACCCCAAACAUCUGUGUUGGUCAUUUUGCCGAGUCUUGAAAAGGCUGAUAAAAUGCUAUCUGAAUGAAUCAAAUGGCUUUUGUAUGAAGGUAAUUCAGAGGUGGCUUCUCCCUGUUACUGACCCUUGGUUUUAUUUUUCAUUCAGUUUAUUAGUCAUGUGCCUUUGUUUUAACACUUAACCAUUAGCAUUUACAGUGUGUCACGUUUUGAAAUCCAAUCCCUCCCUCAGUGACAGAAGAAUUUUCAGUUUUAUGCUUUUUUUUUUUUUUUUUCUUUU